AUGGAUACCAAAAAGGACCAAGAUGGUGGUGGAGAGGAUGACAUAAGUGUGAGGCUUAGUUCUUUGGGACAUUACAUCACUCGGGGUUUAAGGCAGCUCUAUGAGACCGGGCAGCUCUGUGAUGCCAUCCUGGUGGCUGAAGGAAAGAGUUUCCCCUGCCACAGGGCAUUGUUGGCCUCAUUCAGCCCAUACUUCCAUGCCAUGUUCACCAGGCCCUUUAGAGAAUGCUGGGAAAGGCGAGUUGUGUUGGAAGAGAUGGCUUCUUCCGUCCUUCAGAGAAUUCUAUGUUAUCUCUACACGAGGGAGCUCUUCCUUACACCAGAGACUGCUCAAGAUCUCUUCACAGCAGCUAGCAGGCUUGUCAUCCUCCCACUACAGGAGAUUAUUGGAAGAUUCCUUGCUGACAGCAUUUGUAUGGACAGUUGCCUAGGGAUUUAUGCUCUGGCGUAUUCUCACAACCACCAUGCUUUGCUCCGUGUGGCCACACACCACAUCACCUUGAACUUUGAGUCCCUUUCUGAACAUGGGGCCUUUCCAGGGCUGGAUCUCAGUACAGUGGUCAGCAUUCUCUCCUCAGACAAACUGCUUGUGUCUUCUGAGCUGACCGUCUACCAUGCCGUUCAGCACUGGGUGAGGUCUCAGCCAGCUGAGCAUCUCUCACUGAUCAAGAAGCUGAUGGGACAGGUCCGCCUCCCCCUUCUAACAUCUGAAGAGGUCACAACAGUCCAGAAGGAUAUCAUUGCAGAGUACGGGCAUGCUCAUUUGCAGUGGGAACAGCUGGAUGGAGCAGGUCGGCUGCUGAAGAGCGGGGGCCUCAGGCAUGGCAUGUAUGAUGACUGGAUUGUGAGCUUGGGCCUCUUUGUAAGCAACAUGCAAGGAGGAGUCGUUGAGCGCUUGAAGACUCACUUCCUGGGAUUCAACCUACAGAUGGAAAGUUGGGAGGAGAUCCCACCAUUGAUGUAUCUCGAUUCCUCCGGUUUCUUGUCCGUGGGGCACAAACUCUAUGUCUCUGGAGGGCAAAAGCUCAAUGGCUCUGUUUUAGGCCAUUUGCAUGAGUUUGAUGCCCUCACGGGCCGGUGGAUGCAGUUGCCUUCCAUGUCUGUACCCCGGAGAGAACAUGGCUUUCUAGCAUGUAAGCAGAAAUUGUACGCCCUGGGAGGGCGAAGUGGCCGAAGCGUGCUUGACUCUGCAGAAAGUUUUGACCUCGUGCAGGAGUCCUGGUCACCCAUUGCUAACCUGCCAUUUGCAGUGAGUCAUUUUGCCUCUGCCACACUGAAAAUCAAGCUGUACCUGAUUGGUGGGUUCUCUCACACCAGGGCGAGCGGCCUCGCUCACAGGGGCAUUCUGAUUUAUGACACGAGCAUCAAUGUGUGGAGCCAGGUGCCACUGGCUUUCCAGUGUUACAAAUCAACGGCUGUGGCCAUGAACAAUGGGAUCUUUGUCAUUGGUGGACUGGUGGAGGAGAGCAGCCAACGGGAGACGCCCGGCACCGUCAUCCGAGCUCUGAUCUCUGGCACCCAUAAAUGCUUCUUCCUCAGCAAGGAUGGCACUGUGAGCCAGGACGUUGCCAUCCCAGAACUUCCCAUCCUGGUCUUACCACCGUGCGCAGUGCAGUGGCAGAGAAGGAUCCAUGUCCUGGUAGGGAACACGAUUUACCAGUGGAAGCCCGGAGAGCCGAGCUGGACUAGGAGUCGGAAAAGUGCUCCCAACACAAGAGUGACAUUCUUAACUGUCGUUAAUGGUGUGACGCUGAGGGUACCCAAGAAAACUCUGCAGCCCCUCUUACAAGAAGCCUCAGCAGCCUUGACAGCAGUUUGGGUGGCUGAUAAUUAA